ACCAAAACACACUUUGUACCUAAAGUCCAAUGUUUUGUUUUGUGUGAACCGACUCUGAGCUGAAUUGAACAUGUAGCUGCAGCUACUUUCACAAGAUGAUACCGGAAGUCUGAACGCAGAGAAGAGACGACACACUUUAGUAAAAACUAUAAGAACACGUCUGGCAACAUGGAUUCCGUUUUUCCAUCAGGGGAUGAAGCAGAGAAGAAGGAUCCAGUUGAUGUCGAGGGUGAGAAGGAAGGCGAUGACCCUGAAACCAGAUGGAGUGAGGAAGUCAGGCUGGUCCUCGUCGGAAAGACCGGAAGUGGCAAGAGUGCAUCUGGAAACACCAUCUUGGGCCGGAGGCAGUUCCUGUCACAGAUCAGUGCGAGCUCCGUCACGCAGAUUUGUGAACUCGGGAGCAGCGUGCUUGCUGAGGAAGACGUUGCCGGGGACGAUGGCCAGGCUGUCACACAGAGGAGGAUGAAGAGAGUCACGGUGGUUGACAUGCCAGGUUUUGGGGACACUCACCUCAGUGUGGAGCAGAUUCAUGCAGAGAUAGCCAAGUGUGUGUCUCUCUCUGCCCCUGGCCCGCAUGCUUUCCUCCUGGUGGUGCCAAUAGGACGAUAUACAGACGAUGAGAACCAGGCUGUGUGUGAGAUGGCAAAGAUAUUUGGGGAGGAUGCAGUCUGUCACCACACAUUGGUUCUUUUUACCAGAGGUGAUGACCUGGAGGGUGUAGGGAUUGAAGAGUACCUGAGGAAGACUGCACCUGCUGGGCUUAAGGCUCUGAUUGACAGGUGUGGGGGCAGGUACCAUGUUCUCAACAACAGAGACCCCAGCAACUCAGCUCAAGUUGAAGAACUCUUGAUUAAGGUGGAGAAGAUGGUGAAGCAGGCUAACAGGGGGUUUUAUACUAGUACCAUGUUUUUAGAGGCCGAGGCUGCUAUCAGGGAGGAGCAGAAAAGGAUGUUGAAGGAGCGAGGGGAGGCAGAGGGGGAAGAACAAGGGGGAAAUAAUGGCAACACGGAGGAACAGGUUAUACUCGCAAAACGAAGAAAGUGUGACCUAGAGUCAGACGGACAAGGAAGCAGUGAUAGAGGAUCAGAGGGGCUCGGCAGGAGGGAGCUGGAGAGAGGAAAUGAAGAGGAUUUUAGGGUGGAGAGAUGGACAGAGGAGAGCAGAGCCAAUGCUUUCAGCUUCCUUAGGAACAGAGCUGAACAAGGCAGGCAUAAGGGCAGCAGCAGGGCUGUCAGCAGGCGGCAGUCUCUCCGUUCGUCCCUGAUUCGCAUGAGAAAGGAGGCUGCACUCUCUGCUAAGGUGCUGGAGAGAAUUAAGAUCUUGGUAGCCGCUGGAACCACAGGCAUGGCGGUCGGGGCAGUGUUCGGGGCGGCUGCUCCUUUCGCAGCUGCAGCUGGGGCUUCUCUUAUGGGAAACUCAGUUGGUUUUGCUGCAGGUCAUCUAGCUGGGAUGUCGGUAGCGGGAGGAACAGGCGUUGGGAAAGCCGUGGGGGCCAUAGUGGCGGCAGCUUCAGGGAAAACUGCAGUGGCCCUGGGAGCAGCGACAGGUGGUGUUAUGGGUGGUUCUGUGGGAGCCAUUGUUGGAGCUGGGAGCGCCACUCCCAGGGAGGGUGCUCUGGAUGCCCUUGGGCAGGUUAGCGUCAUAGGGGCGUCUGCUGUUGGGCUGGCAACAGGAGUGGGGGGGGCCUUGGGAGCUGGUGCUGCUUUGGGCGCAGCUCUGGAGGGAGCAGCUUUCAGCACAGCAGCCCUCAGCGGAGCUGAAACAGCAGCAGCAGGUGUAGCCAAUGUUUCUGUCGCUCAAGGUGGUUUAGCUUCAGCAGCAGGACAGCAUGCGGUGGCCACUGUCGCUGCAAGUAGUGGGACCCCUCAGUGUGCUGCAGCAGGGGCAGCCUUAACUCAGGAGCUGGCUGCAAAUGUCCCAGUGGCAGCUGGGUCUGCUGGUGCCGUAUGUGGGCUGACAGGGCCGAGCGUGGCAGCAGUGACCAGCAGGGUGGUGUCAGAUCCUUGGGGCACUGUGGCGGCAACAACUCGCAUUCUGUCCGCAGUGGCUGAGAUAGGAAAGGCGGCCGCAGGCAUUGCCCUGGCUGGUGGUCUGGUAGUGAAGGUGGUAAAGGAAAAAGUCAGAUGUGGCACAGCAACAACAGAAACAAGUUACUCAGAGAAGAAGUCUUAUGAGAUCUACUGGAACAAAUGAACACAGGCUGGGAAGGGAGUUGUAAUCCAGUGAAUGAGAUCAUAUUCACACCUUCUCCUGCCUCCCUGAUGAAAUCCUUCACUCCACAGUAGCUUCCCUCAGUGAGAGAUAUUGCUAUUACCAUGUGAAUGUAAACCACUUCAAACGGGCAGAGACAGUAGCUGGAGCAAUGUAAUAUAAAAUAAUAUGAAAUAUAGGAUCAAGAAAUCACACAUUCUUAUAGAUAAAAGAAAGCAGAAAUUCUUCUUGCACUGUUGGAGGCUGGUGACUGAGUUCAGUGACAUUUGCGGUGCUGCGUGGGAUGACUAAUAAAGGAUAUAAGGUACACAGUCUUGUGAUACCUUUGCUUUAUUUCUUUUUUCCAAGCACAUUUGUAUCUAAAUCGAUAAAUCGGUUGUGACUCAUCUUCCAGCUGGUUGGUUUUGAACCUAAAAUCUCCAAAUACAUUUUUAUAAGAUAAAGAAAAGAAAAGAGACAAAAUAAGAGACUCUAUAAAGCACAGAUUAAUGUAUGAAUGUAAUUAAUCUUACUUUAAACAGUAAUGGGUGUUGAAAAUGAACAAAAGGACUAAAGAGGUAAAAAGUAUUUUAAAUCCUAAAGGGUGACAGCGGAUGGCUUUAUUGCAAUGUUUCACAUCUUGUAAUAUGUAAACCAGAAGAGUUUUGCAUUUAUGUAUUAACACUGUUUGAUCAACAGGAUCAACAGGUGUAAAUGUAUUUCACUAGUGUGUUCACUUUUGUUGCAGUGAAAUGAACAAUAAAGACAGUAUUCUUCCAUGA